AGCAGAUAACAAACCUCCAACAGACUUCAACUGCAGUCUGACAGAAAGACACAGAGCUGCUGAGAGGACAUGAGAGGAUACAGAGCCAUCAAGUACACUUUGUUCAUCUGCUGCUACGUCCUCUGGGUUGUGAGCGCCAUCCUCACAGCGGUUGGAAUCUACGCCAAGAUUGCCAAGGAGAAAGAUGUGGUUGACACCCUGACAUUGGAUCCAGCUCUGCUGUUGAUCAUCGUCGGCUCUGUGAUGUUCCUCAUUACGUUCCUGGGGUGUUUUGGGGCGCUGCGUAACGCCAUUUGCCUGCUGAAGACGUUUCUGGGGAUCCUGGUGGCCGUCCUCCUCCUGCAGGUCGCUGCUGGAGUCGUGGGAUACCUCUUCACUGACAUGGUGAUGGAGAGGACGGAGAUGCUGAUGAUGAAAGCCAUCGUCCGCUACAGGGAGGACCACGACCUGGAGAACGCCAUCGACUUCAUCCAGAAGAAGUUUCAGUGCUGUGGAGUUGAGAGCUAUACAGACUGGUCCCACAACGCCUACUUUGAGUGUUCAGACACAAACCCCAGUCUGGAGGUCUGUGGAGUUCCUUUCUCCUGCUGCGUUCGCCUACAGAACCAGACGGUGCUGAACACCAUGUGUGGUUAUGGGAUGCAGCAGCUGAAGGAGGGUCCAGCUGCUCAGGACAUCUUCACCAUCGGCUGCCUGGAGAAGAUCGUCUCAUGGGCCAAAAACAACCUGCUGCUGGUGGCCGGACUAACUGCCGGCCUGCUGCUGCUCGAGAUCUGCAUGAUCUGUCUGGCUGCUGCUCAGAUCUCCAGGAUAAAAAAAGUCCAACAACUCAAGAAGGAAAUCGAAAUUCAAAGCCGAUCUGAAAGAAAGGACAGCUACUGGCUUCCUGCUUUUGCCAACUUUGACGACGAAUGAAAUCUGUUUCUGAGGUCUGAAGCUGAUGGAGGGGACGGAGUCCUACUCACUCUGGGUCAAAUAAUACACGGCUGAUUGUUGAUCAGAUGGGUCGAGACAAGACAUGCUGCGCCCACUGUGAAUUCACACUUUGGUAUUUUCGGAGCGUGCCUCGGGCUGUCACAGCGGGUCGACAGGUUCCAUGUCUUAUUCCAGGACUUGGAGAGUUUGGUGGUUGAACUACUACCUCAUGUAAAAACAUCUUUGGGUUACAUCAGAUGUUUUUAUUAACCCUCCUGUUAUGCUGCAGCUCAGUUUGACUCUUUAAAGUUUGAAAAUCUGUGUAAAAAAAGUGUUUUUAUGUCUCCACGCCGGUGACUGUCAUGUCCAGAGGCAUUAUGUUUUGGGUUGUCCGUACGUAUACCUGUCCCAAUCUCGUGAUCACAAUAUCUCAAGAGCGCCUUCAGGGAUUUUUUUCAAAUUUGGCAAAAACAUCCACUUGGACUAAAUGCUUAAGUCAUUAGAAUUUGGUGGUCAAAGGUCAAGUGUCAAGGUCACCAUAACCUUGCACCCCUCUCAUUUUCAUGAAAGUGAUAUGUCAAGAAUGCCUUGAGGUAAUUUCUUCAAUUUGGCACAAACGUCCACUUUCAUUAAAAGAUGAACCAGUUAGAUUUUGGUGGUCAAAGUUCAAGGUCAUCGUGACCUUGCAUCUGUCUCAUUCUUGAGAGUGCAAUAUCAGGAACACUGUGAGGAAAUUUCUUCAAAUUUGACAUGAACAUGCGCUUUGACUGCCAAAUUCGAAUCAGUUCACUGUUUAGUUCAAGGUCACUAUGACCUUCUCAUGAAUAUGACAUGUCAAAAAUGCCUUGAGUGAAAUUUUUUUUUUUUUUUUUUUUUCAAAUUUGGCACAAACGUCCACUUUGAGUCAGCGAUGAAGUGAUCAGAAUUUGCUAGUCAGAGGUCAGAUUUCAAGGUCACUGUGCCCUCGUCUGUCUCAUUCUUGUAAACGAGAUAUCUCAAAAACACUCAAGAGCGUAUUUCUUCAAAUUUAGCACUUGGACCCAACAAUGACAUGAUUAGAAUUUGGUGGCCGAAGGUCAAGGUCACUGUGACUUCAAAUAACACAUUUUUGGCCAAACGUCAGGGAUUACUUUGCUAGUUAGGACAAAACUUCACACAACCAUCUAACUCAAAUAAUGAAAUAAUGAAGUGACAUUUUAUAUCCAAAAGGUCAAAGGUCAGCUUGACUGUGACAUCAUUGUGUUGUAACGUCAUAUCUCAGGAACAGAAGGGGAGACAUUUGGUCAGAUACUGAAUUGGUGACUCUAAUCUUGAAACUGUGCUGAUUGUAUAGAUCUUCUGUGUGUGAAGGAUGGGUGUUUUUGCAACCUGACGGGUUUACAGAUGAAUACAGUAAUUCUAGUUUCAGUAAGAAACUUCUUCUGUUGGCUCUUAAUUAGUGUGAUCAACAUUUAAAUGAAACGGGUACGUUUCACGUUGGAUGACAGCCAUGGAGGCUCCAAGUAACGUAAUAGUAAAAAAGAGGAGGAUGUGUGUGAAGAUGAAGAGAUGAAGACCAUCUAGAGGUCAAUUCUGAUUAUGACAAUUCUGAUUACCAACAAUCAGAUGAGGAAAUUGAUAUUACCGAUGUCGGUUAAGCUGUUGUGUGCAGAAAACACCAUAAAGACGGUGCCAGGGCCGACCAGGAUCACAGUGACUCAAAGACAUCAAGUCAUUCAGUUCAAUACGGAACAUGAUUCAAAGGCCUGAUUUUAAGUGAACGGGUUAAUUUGACCCUGAACAGCGGAGGUGUCUCGUCUCUUUUUUUAUACAUUUAUUAAGAUUUUAGAUGCUUUUUGGAUGAUAAAACAUGCAGCGGGUCACACUGACCCAGGACAGGAGGGUUAAAGAAAAUGGUUUAAAAGAAAGUUAGUUUUGUCAUCAUUAUGUGAGAAGAUGUGUUUUUUAUAAAAAGCUGUUAUUUGUGGAUUAAUGAAAAUGUAAUGUUUGCAGUGUUGUCCUAAUACAACAGGUGUUGGGUUGUGUGUAGUAACGAUGUGUAUUUUUA